CCCGUGCGGACAGCGCGGUCCCACGAAAGAGGAGCGACUUCAUGGCUAAAGCUGACGACGACGACUCCAAGAACGUUGCCAAAGUGGCAUCCGAACCCAACAUGACGUACGUCCAGGAGAACGCCGAGCUGCGGGCACUCAUCGACACGGUGAGCAGGUCGCGGCCGCCGGAAGGUGACCACAGUCGCAUGCUGCUCGGCCAGUACGAGACUGCAUUUCCCGAAUUCAAGCGUCCCCCGCAGAGACUUCCUUCAACGCUGAGGCGGACACCAGGGGAUCGCUCCUUGGACCUGGACGACGUAAACGAAGUGAAGAUUGGCAUCGAGAAGCGGCUCGAAGAAGAAACCAUUGACAACGAGCAUGCCUUCACGCGGAAAAUUGACGACGAACAACGGAAGCGCAUUGCCGAGAGUCAGUGUAAAAAAUCCUCCUUCCAGGACAGUACGAACGUGCCAGGGACGGGUGCGGCGUUGCCACGCCUGCAGUUGGGCUCACUUCGGCGAGUAAAGAUGACCAAGAAGCGCACCAUCCAGGGCAAGACCACCAUCAACCGGACCACGACACGCAAGGAAGAAGAGCGCAGCAUGACGUCCCCCACGGGGGAGACCGACUGCCGCCGCAACGUGGACGAGUCGAGCACCACGGCCGAGAACGCCGAGACGCACGAAGAGGAGCUUGUCGAGACGUACGACGACGACGACGCCCCGCCGUAACAGACUGGGCACGCCGCGUUAAGAGGUGACCGGCAUGGCGCCAACGGCACGGGAGGUGGUCGAGCGCGUGGACUCGUCCGACACGCUCACCAUCGAGGGAAAGGGGGAGGCGGCGGUGCAACUUCAGUUUUAUCCAGUAAAAUAAAACUUCAUAGUAAAACGUUAUUUAUGUGCGUAGGCGAGACGAAUACAUGAUGUGGGUGCCGCAGUUAGCACCAUU